AUGUUAUCAUACUAUUGGUCUAUUACUCCUCGACCUCUACAUGUCGGAGAAUCAUCGAAGCCGAAUCAUAUUCAACGUUCGGGGAGGAGGGGUGGUCGACGGGGCGGGGGCAUCAUGGGUGUCAUUGUCAAGUAUGCUCGUGAUCGUGACGGUGAUGUCCUGCGUCUGCCGUUGCUUGAAGAUGUUGGUAUAGCAAUAAUUCAUGGAAUGCUAACCGAUUAUGCUGUCAACUUUGACAUUACCAGAAGCAUAAGGCAUGGGAAAAAGGUUGCAGCAUCACCUGCUAGAGAAUCACGAUCUCAGAAAUAG